GCAGUGAAAAUCAGACAACCGAACGAACCAUCCUGUCCCAGUCCCUGGAACCAAGGCAAUGCAGCACCACCCCCUACCGCCGUCGGCUCCGCCGGCGAUCACCGCAACCACUAGCAUCCCAUCCCUUAAAGACCACACCAGAACCACCCUCUACAUAAUCAUAGCCACAUCCUGUUUCUCCCUCAUCUUCAUCCUCUUCCUCCCCUAUUCCCCCUCUUGGUCAAACCUCUCCAUCACCACCCGGCCCGACCCACUUCUGUUUCCUAACAGACCCAGCUCCAUCGCAGAGAUCCCGUCCGAGCCCGCCCCUCCCGCUAUUGCAUACCUCAUAUCUGGAUCCUCAGGCAACUCGGGUCGGAUUCUCCGUCUUCUCUUCGCGACCUACCACCCCAGAAACCAUUACCUCCUCCACCUCGACCGCUCUGCUCCCCAAAGCGAACGUGAUCGGUUAGCUCUCACGGUCCAAUCAGUGCCCAUCUUUCGCGCUGCUCAAAACGUCGACAUUAUAGGGAAGCCCGAUUUCGCCUACCCAAGAGGCUCCUCCCCAAUCUCCUCCACGCUUCACGGUGCCUCUAUUCUACUGCGUCUGUCGUCGAACUGGGAUUGGUUUAUCAAUCUCAGUGUUGGCGAUUACCCGCUGGUUACUCAAGAUGAUCUUCUUCACAUUUUGUCGUAUUUGCCCAAAGAUUUCAACUUUCUGAACCAUACCAGUUACAUUGGCUGGAAAGAGUCUAGGAGAUUGAAACCGAUAAUUGUUGAUACUGGCCUUUAUCGUUUGGAGAAGUAUGAGAUAUUCUAUACGACAGAAAAACGGGAUUUGCCUACUGCUUUCAGGUUGUUUUCAGGUUCAUCUUUGUCAAUUUUAAGUCGUAGUCUUAUUGAGUUCGUCAUUCUGGGUACAGACAAUCUUCCUAGGAAUCUGCUGAUGUAUUUUUCAAACGCACCUUAUUCCCUCCCAAACUACUUCCCCACAAUUGUGUGUAAUUCUCAUCAGUUCAAGAGGACUGUUGUCAAUGAUAACCUGCAAUACAUUGCUUUCAACAAAUCCUCCACAAGGACCACAACUAAGCCUCACCAACUCAGUUCAGGAGAAUUUGAUGCCAUGAUUCAGAGUGGAGCUGCCUUUGCUACAGAAUUCGCCUUUGAUGAUCCAGUACUUGAUCGCAUUGACCAAGAGAUUCUGAAACGCAGCCCUGGAAAAGUUGUACCUGGUGGAUGGUGCUUGGGUGAGCCUGGAAACAGAACAUGUUCAGUUUGGGGUGAUGCUAAUAUUCUUAGACCUGGCCCAGGAGCAAGAAGACUCGAAAAACACAUUGUUGAGCUACUGUCAAAUGGUAGGUUUCAUUCUCGCCAAUGUGUAGUUGAAUGAUCUGAAUCUCCACCCAUGUGAGAAAGUGAUGGAACCCAAACCCAGCCAGGGGGAGGUAAGAAAGAAUUCUCCUCGCAUGAUAUGAAGCCUGUACUAACAGUACCACAGGGGAGAGGUAAGUUAACUGUGUUAUUCACAGCCCACAGUGUUUGGUUUAAUCACUCAUUUUUUAACUACCAAAUGAUUACCUAGGAUGUGGCUGUAAUCUAGUAAGUGAAACAGGAUUUGGAGGUUGUUGUGAAUGAAGUAGGAUUUUAGUGAAAUAGGAUUUAGAGGUUGUUGUGAAUGAAGUAGGAUUUCAGUAUCUUAUUUACUUAGGCAGCCACUUGUCUAACAGGGCAGGUGCACUUGACAUGUCCUUAAUCAAAGAUUGAUUGUACGUCACAGGCUGCACUGUCAAUUCUUGGAAUUUUUUCGAAGAUGUUGGUGUGUAAAUUAUAAUGAUCUGAAUAUGGAAUAAUGGAAAUGUCCUCUCUUUUUUUUCUUUUUCCGUCUCGUAAUGUACCCAUGUCAGCUUUUUUCGAAGAAUCUUAAAAAGCCAAAAGUGUAAUAUUA